AUGUCAGUGUCGAUUCAAGACGCCAAAGUGCCAAUAUUUGCCAAUUUUAUAAUAGGUGGCAUAUCGGGAGUGACAGCUCAGAUCGCAACGCAUCCUAUGGAUGUCCUUAAAAUACGCAUGCAAGUGUCGCGUGAUUCUUUACGCGAAACAGCAUUACAAACAUUUAGCACGAAUGGAUUUCGUGGUUUUUAUACAGGAUUAAGCGCAGCCAUUCUUCGUCAACUGACUUAUACUACCAGCAGGCUUGGAAUCUACACCACCUUGUUGGAUAUCGGAGAGCAACAUUUCGGCUAUUUAAAUUAUGUGACGAUGAUUAGUCUCGGGAUGAUAGCCGGCGUGAUGGGUUCUUUUAUAGGUACUCCCACGGAUUUGAUUUUGAUACGCAUGAUAGCUGAUAUAAAUUUGCCCGCAGAAAAACGAAAGAAUUAUAAGAGUGCCAUUAGUGGCAUUUUCGACACAUGGAAAACCGAAGGAUUUGCUGGAUUAUGGAGAGGAGCAGUGCCGACGAUGGGCAGAGCAGCGAUUGUUAAUGGAGCACAAUUAGGUACAUACACUAAAGCGAAGAUGAUGUUACAUGACACAGGAUACAUCCAAAACGGUAUAUCAUUGCAAUUUGCCGCUGCUUUGAUGUCCAGCAUAAUUACGUGCUUUGCCUCGAUUCCGGUGGACGUUGCCAAAACUAGAAUUCAAAAUUGGAGACAGUCCACGAAAUCACCUAAUAUCAUAGCUAUGAUCGUUAAUAUUAUCAAGACAGAAGGUUUAAUAUCAUUGUGGCAUGGUUUUAUUCCAUAUUAUUCUAGAGCAGCACCUAACACUGUAAUUACCAUGAUCCCAAGUCGCACAGUCGUGUAUGUGGCUUGUCUCACGAGACCAGCUGUCAAACCGCUGUAA